AUGGCGACGUCGAGGACUAUUUCUGCUAUCAGAGCCUCCCGUUCCCGUUACCGACCGCCUCCUAUUACAUUUUCUGAAGAAAGGCUUGUUCAACCAGGCCAUCAAAGUGCACAAUUUGAUAUUGUAAAAGACACUCCAGCGGCUUUGAGGAGAAGCCGUAGCUUUUGUCGGAAAACAGGGUCCAACCUGCAGAACUUGCUUUCUAAUUCUUUUCCUAAUAUGCUAGCCAUGAAGUUUACUCGCUCGUUAAGUACAUUCCGCAAUGUAGAUUCAGAAACCUCUUCUUCUCAGCACCACAACAAUAGCUAUGAUAAUCCUCCUGAACCCAUACCUAACAGGCCUUUAAGAGGUGAGAAGAGGAUGCCUGGCUAUCCAUCUACUCGACAUCAAAAUCUGGAACGGACCCAAUCUAGAUUUAGGGAAAAUGAAAGUCAAGCUCGCCGCCAAAGUGAACAACACAAUCGGCUUAAGUUUGGGGAGAAAGAAAAUCCUCGAAGAGAGAUGGGUGCUCUAGAGGAUUCUGAUUUCCUAGAAAAAUUCAGGCUUGGCUUUGACCGGAAUAAAUCACAUAUUUCUGAUAAGCAACCCACUUAUAACAGUCAGAGACAGGGAGAUAAGAGUGAUCAAGCUGCUGCUGAGUCACCUUCUCCAUCUCAACUACCUGAAGAUGCUGAUGAGAUAUUUAGGAAGAUGAAGGAAACUGGGCUAAUUCCCAAUGCCGUGGCGAUGCUUGAUGGUUUGUGCAAGGAUGGCUUAAUUCAGGAGGCAAUGAAGCUUUUUGGACUAAUGCGUGAGAAAGGUACCAUUCCUGAAGUGGUCAUAUACACUGCUGUUGUCGAGGGCUUCUGCAAGGCACAGAAACCUGAUGAAGCUAUCAGGAUUUUCAGAAAAAUGCAGAGCCUCGGAAUCACUCCAAAUGCUUUUAGUUAUGGAACCCUGAUCCAGGGCUUGUUCAGAGUAAAGAGAUUGGAUGACGCUACAGAAUUUUGUCUUGAGAUGCUGGAUUCUGGGCAUUCCCCAAAUGUGGUUACUUUUAUCGGCUUGGUGGAUGUAUAUUGUAAGGAAAACGGUUUGGAGGAGGCGCAGACCAUGAUAAAUAAAUUGACCCAGAAAGGUUUUUGCCUUAAUGAAAAAGCAGUAAAAGAGUAUUUGGAAAAGAAAGGCCCGUUCUUGCCACUGGUUUGGGAAGCCAUCUUCGGCAAGAAAUCCUCAGAGAGGAUAAAGAAGAUGGUGUUUUACUUCAAAGCAAGGCCUGAGGCUGGAGAUUACACAAUUUUCAUGGGCCUCGACAAGUACGAGAACGAGGAGCUCAUUAAAUAUGGUUUCAUCGAAGAUAUUUGGUUCCAUGUGGACAAAAUGUCUUCCGCCCAUGUCUACCUGAGACUGAACAAGGGCCAGACAAUUGAUGAUAUACCUGAGGGUGUACUGGAAGAUUGUGCACAAUUAGUCAAAGCGAAUUCCAUUCAAGGAAAUAAGGUGAACAAUGUUGAUGUUGUUUACACCCCCUGGCAGAAUCUGAAGAAGACUGCUUCCAUGGAUGUUGGACAAGUUGGUUUUUACAAUUCAAAAAUGGUUCGUACAGUGAAGGUGGAGAAAAGAAUAAAUGAGAUUGUUAAUAGAUUAAACCGGACAAAAGUGGAGAGGAAGCCGGAUCUCAAAGCUGAGAGAGAAGCUGUAAACGCAGCUGAAAGAGCAGAAAGGAAAAAUUUUCUGAGAGAAAAAAAACGACGUGAAGAUUUAGAGAGGCUUGAAAAAGAGAGACAGGCUGAGUUAAGGAGCUACAAGAAUUUGAUGGUGGCAGAAAAAAUGACUUCUAAUAAGGAUAUUGCAUCAACUAACAAGACCCUGCAAGAACUGGAAGAGGACUUCAUGUGA